CUCUAGUUUUAAUGCUCGAAGAGUUUGUCCCGUUUGCGGUUAAUUAUCGGUUGCUGUUCAAACUGCAAAUGUCCCCUGUCCAAAUACGCGAAUGCUAAACCGUGACCACACCCCCGCGCUCCGUGAAAAGCCAAUACAAUUCAAUCCCCGAGCGUGACGCAAGUGAAUUUCAGAUGGCCAAUGCCACUGUGCAAGUGUGAGUGCCGUGUGUGCCAAAUUGAGAUGCUUCUGAUAAUAUAAUUAGCGUUAAAUCGUCGUAAACAGUGCUUAGUGGGCCACUCAAAGCGGUAAUCUCGGAGUGCACAUAUAUACAUAGAAGCGACAAGAGCGUUUUACCUGAAGAAAUGACUACCACAAGUCAGAUGGAGAUGAACACAAACGGUGGAGGAUUGGAUUCCACCGCAGUCGUGUCCCCUUUGCCUGCUGGCAAUAGCUCUUGCCUAACGCCAGGCAUCCAGAGCGGAAACAGUGUCCAGAAAAAUGCCACCAUCGGCAUGGGUCCAAACAGCACACAGAGAGCUGUGGAUGCUACCAAGCGCAAGAAACUAAAGUCGCGUGCCGCAGCAGCAGCUUCGUCUUUGGCCCCAAAAAACGAGGCAACUGCGGCUCCUUUGAGUCAAAAGACAAACAGGACCGAGUUGAGCUACUCCAAGGAUCAUCUCGAUGCCUGGCUGGAGAACUGCUUGCGGGAUGCCACCAACGCCCAAUUGUCAUCUUCAUCUGAGUUCUUGGACUUUAUUCCGCCCACGGCACCAGCUCAUAAGCAAAUGUUUGUGAGUCAACAGCAGCAGCAGCAACAGCAGCAGCAGCAGCAGCUAAAACAGCAAUUCCAGCUGCAGAAGCAACAGGAACUUCCAAAGCGUUCGCAGCCAUAUGGAAUGGGACCGGUCACGCCCUUCAGCUUGGGCAUUCAACGCCACUCACAGCACUCCCUGAGUCAUCGAUAUCCGAUGCUGUUCCCGCCCCAGAACCUUAAUGGCUAUGCUUUGGGCUACGGCGGUGAUGGCGGCCAGGAGUUUGCCAGCUUGCCACCGCUGGUCAACAUGAUGGGCGGGGCAGGAGGCACUGGCUCCGAGCACGGACCGAACUCCACAGAUGUGCUGGACGGAAGCGGAAGCAAUCCGAACUUUAGCCGGGGGUUUCGUUUCAGCGAUCCGUGCCUGCUGAAUCCCUCCGAUAACGACUCCAAGUUGAGUGGUCAGAACACUCCGGAGUGUCGAAAUGGCAACAACAAUGGCAGCGGAUGCGAUCUGGCCCAGCAAAACAAAUUCUUUGCGGCAUUGAUGGAACAAAUAAACAUACUGCACGACACCAAUUCCAAGAUCUGCCGCAAUUUGCACGAAACAAAAGUCGAUAUCGAAGCUUUAAAGCACGCCCCAAAUGGCCAGCCCUGGUCGGCGGUCGGCUCGGGGGGCAUGCGGCACCGUAGAGAUAGCUUGAGUGGAUUGAGCACACAAAGUCAGCCCCUGGUGUUUGGCGGCGGAAUGGGCGGCGGCACCCACAGCCCGGCGCCCACCUUUCAUUCAGGCGCCUACACACCAGGCAUGAUGACCGACGUGGUGCGGGAGGUAAAGGAGGCGGCGCGCGUCCGCGAAGAUGCCCUGCUCAGUCGGGUCAAGUCAAUGGUCGAGGAGCGACAGUGGUCCUUGAACGAGGGUAACGUCCGAAUCCUGCGGGAUAUAGAUGAUCUGAAGGCCCACGUAAUGCAGUUGCGUCUGGAGAGAAAGGAGACAAACAAACGCCUGUCGCAUCUGGAGGCUGAGAACAAGUGCCUGCGCCAAGCGCUAGCAGGUUGCUAUAGCCAGCGGCAGUCUUACCAUGAUAUCAUCUACGAAAAUGAUCGCGCCCGCGGAUCCCGAAAGCCCUUCCCGAACGGAGGUGGCGGCGGAUCGCUUGGUGUCCGACGGGCGCAGUCCUUCAACCUGCACUACGGAACGAUGCACCAGACGCCAACACAAGCCACACACUCGCUGGAAGAGGACGACGAAAUCGUGGAGGAACAGUUGCUGGAGCAGGCGGCGAUGGAUGGUGAGGACCAGUCGGAGACGGCCAACAAACGAUUGUCCUGCUCGAGCAACGAGUCGCGUAACAAUGGCCUGCAGAAUGCCUCAACGACAACGCUUCAAUUGUCGGCCAAUUCGUCACAGCAAUCAGUGCGGAGCGCUCCUACUUUCGCUCUCAUUUCGGAUCAGGUGAACCCGGGGCUGCCACCGCCACUGCUGCCGCGCAAGAAGGAGCACGCCCAGCUGAAGCGGGAGCUCAGCGAAGUGUCCGCCGCACGUAAGGAGGCAAAUCAACGUAUAAUUGCCCUUGAAAAAUUGGUUAAAGACCUAAGUGCCCAGGUGGCCAGCCAGCCAAAUUGGAACCCAAUCGCACCUGGCACAGCACCGGACGCAGCAGUGGCAACGAAAUUCAGCGUGGCGGACGGACCGAUAACAGACUUAUAGUUUUAGCCAUCAGCCUGCGGCUCGAAAGCAAAAGGCCAGCGACAGACAAUGCGUGUCACUCAGUUAUAGCAGCGGGAUCGACGGCACUGCACCUUUCGUUUCAAAAUUAUUUAUAACUCCAUAACCUGUGCAAAAGCUCUAAUUUAUCAGAUCUAAUGCUAUUGUCUAAACUAAUUAUUUCACCUAAACCACUAGUUGUAAAAAAUAGAUAUGUUACUAAAAUUCUUGGAUGGUUGAGGUGUUCAAAAAUAUAGUUUUCAAAUGUAGUUAUGUGUAGCUACACCGGAGUGAUUACGUAGUUUAUGGACGACCUCUAAGAAUUAUUAAACUAACUGAGAAAUCGUGUACCUAUUGCAAAGAACAAAAAUCAAAAGCUAGCAUGUAGAAUAAAUUAAACUUUAAUUGUGUUGAUCCACUUAGACAAGUGGAUAAGGAGUUGAAUUAAAUUGUGUAGUUGUUAACCAUAUUUGUUAAGUGCCAUUUGAUUAAACAGAAAAUACAUAAUAUAUUUGUAUAGAUAAAAACCA